GCGCUGCCGCCGAGGCGGGGAAAGCAGCGGUUCUGGGCAAGGCGGGCGGCCGUCUAAUGGCAUAAAGUGAUUAAUCAUGGCUCUAAUGAUCCCAACAGUCAAGCUAAAAUGGCUGGAGCAUCUCAACAGCUCCUGGAUCACAGAAGACAGCGAGUCCAUUGCCACAAGAGAGGGCGUUUCUGUUUUGUAUGAUAAGCUAAUUAGCAGUAAGGAAGUGGUACCAUUGCCACAGCAAGUGCUCUGCCUUAAGGGACCCCAGUUACCAGAUUUUGAACGUGAGUCCCUCUCUAGCGAUGAACAGGAACAUUAUUUGGAUGCUCUCCUGAGUAGCCAGCUGGCUCUGGCAAAGAUGGUUUGCUCAGACUCUCCAUUUGCAGCAGCCCUUCGGAAACGAUUAUUAGUGUUGCAGCGUGUUUUUUAUGCUCUUUCCAACAAAUACCAUGACAAAGGUAAAGUCAAACAGCAACAACAUUCACCAGAAAGCAGUUCUGGAUCAGUAGAUAUCCAUUCUGUCAGUGAACGGCCAAGAUCCAGUACAGAUGCUCUGAUUGAGAUGGGGGUUCGGACUGGAUUGAGUUUAUUGUUUGCACUAUUACGGCAGAACUGGAUGACGCCUUCUACAGUGCCAGGACUGAACCUCUGCAAUGAUGUUAUCCGUACAGCAAUAGAUGUGAUUAGCUCCUUACCACCGUUAUCUUUAGCAAAUGAAAGCAAAAUCCCUGCAAUGGGACUGGACUGCUUAUCUCAAGUAACAACAUUCCUAAAGGGAGUCACAAUGCCAAACUCAGGAGCUGAUAUUUUGGGGCGAAGGCUAGCAUCAGAACUACUGCUUGGACUCGCAGCCCAGAGGGGUUCACUGCGAUACUUUUUAGAGUGGAUAGAAAUGGCUUUGUCCGCAUCUGCUGUCGUUAGUACCAUGGAAAAAACAAAACCGUCUCUGAGUUGGGAAGGAAUGAUCAGCUAUGAUUGUUUCAUGAGUAUUCUUGUGCAGAUGAGGCGUUCUUUGGGUUCAUCAGCUGAUAGGAGUCAGUGGCGAGAACCUACUAGGACACCCGAUGGCUUGUGUUCAUUAUAUGAGGCAGCUCUCUGCCUCUUUGAAGAGGUUUGUCGAAUGGCAUCGGAUUACUCCAGGACGUGUGCAAGCCCUGAUAGUUUGCAGAGUGGUGAUACUCCAAUGGUGUCAGAAACAUGUGAAGUGUAUGUGUGGGGUAGCAACAGCAGUCAUCAGCUAGUUGAAGGAACACAGGAAAAAAUUCUGCAGCCUAAACUAGCCCUAAGUUUUGCUGAUGCACAAACUAUUGAAGCUGGACAGUAUUGCACGUUUGUCAUAGCAUCUGAUGGAUCGGUAAGGGCAUGUGGCAAAGGCAGUUAUGGAAGGCUUGGUCUUGGUGAUUCAAAUAAUCAAUCAACUCUGAAAAAAUUAAAUUUUGAACCACAUCGAGCUAUCAAAAAAAUCUCCUCGUCAAAAGGCUCGGAUGGUCAUACUUUGGCAUUUACCACUGAGGGAGAAGUCUUCAGCUGGGGCGAUGGAGACUAUGGAAAACUUGGGCAUGGUAACAGUUCGACACAGAAAUACCCCAAACUAAUUCAAGGCCCUCUGCAAGGAAAGGCUGUUGUAUGUGUCUCUGCUGGCUAUAGACAUAGUGCAGCUGUCACAGAAGAUGGUGAAUUGUAUACGUGGGGUGAAGGAGACUUUGGAAGAUUAGGCCAUGGUGAUAGCAAUAGUCGUAACAUCCCCACUUUGGUGAAGGACAUCAGCAAUGUAGGUGAAGUAUCCUGUGGAAGCUCACAUACCAUUGCAUUGUCUAAAGAUGGAAGAACAGCAUGGUCUUUUGGGGGUGGUGACAAUGGUAAACUGGGUCAUGGUGAUACUAACAGAGUUUAUAAACCCAAGGUAAUCGAAGCCUUGCAAGGAAUGUUUAUUCGGAAAGUGUGUGCUGGAAGCCAAUCUUCACUUGCUUUGACAUCAACAGGCCAGGUAUAUGCUUGGGGCUGUGGUGCUUGUCUUGGAUGUGGCUCUUCAGAAGCUACUGCUUUGAGACCCAAACUUAUUGAGGAACUAGCUACCACAAGGAUAGUUGACCUCUCAAUAGGUGACAGCCACUGCUUGGCUCUUUCACAUGAUAACGAGGUUUAUGCAUGGGGCAAUAAUUCUAUGGGACAGUGUGGUCAGGGAAACUCUACCGGUCCAAUCACCAAACCCAAAAAAGUGAUUGCUUUGGAUGGCAUAGCAUGUCAGCAAAUCUCUGCUGGAACCUCACAUAGCCUUGCUUGGACAGCAUUGCCCAGGGACAGGCAAGUGGUGGCAUGGCAUAGACCUUACUGUGUAGAUUUAGAAGAAAGCACUUUCUCUCACUUGCGAUCGUUUCUCGAAUGGUACUGUGAUGGCAUCAACAGUGAAGUUCCACCUCUUCCUUUCCCGUCUUCCAGGGAGCAUCAUAAUUUUCUUAAGCUGUGUCUCAAACUGCUGUCCAACCACCUAGCACUGGCUUUGGCUGGUGGUGUAGCUACCAGUAUCCUUGGCAGACAGGCCAGACCAUUACGUAACCUGUUGUUCAGACUAAUGGAUUCCUCUGUGCCAGAUGAAAUUCAAGAGGCUGUUAUAGAGACACUGUCUGUCGGUGCUACGAUGUUGCUUCCACCACUGCGAGAGAGAAUGGAGCUGCUGCAUUCACUGCUUCCACAGGGUCCUGAUCGUUGGGAAAGCUUAACAAAGGGACAAAGAAUGCAGCUGGAUAUUAUUCUCACCAGCCUACAAGACCACACCCACGUGGCAUCUUUGCUGGGUUACAGCUCUCCUCUAGAUGUUGAAGCCUCAUCUGCAGGACCAAAUUACAGCAGCGCCCCUGACUCCUCAUUCAGCUCCCAAGCCAGUCACCCUGAUACUCAUCUGGCAGAAAUCUUGAUGAAAACAUUGCUAAGGAAUUUGGGAUUCUACACUGAUCAGGCUUUUGGAGAACUUGAAAAAAAUAGUGACAAGCAACUAUUGGGAACAUCUUCAGCUGAAAACAGCCAACCAGCUCACUUGCAUGAGCUGUUGUGCUCUCUACAGAAGCAACUUCUGGCAUAUUGCCACACAAACAAUGUCAAUGAGAGCUCCAGCAGUGUAGCUUUACUGCACAAACACCUUCAACUUUUACUGCUGCAUGCGACUGAAAUUUACUCCCGCUCAGCGACGUUGUUGAAAGAAAGCUCCUGGAAUGGAAGUGUCAGAGACAAGCUUCAAGGAGUUCUAUAUGGAUCAGCAGCUGGGAGCAUGCUUUGUCAGAUCAUUAAUUCUCUGUUGCUACUGCCUGUCUCUGUGGCACGGCCUUUGCUAAGUCAUCUCCUGGACUUGCUGCCAUCCUUGGAUCGUCUGAACCGACUUUUACCUGCUGCAGCCUUUUUAGAGGAACAGGAACUGCAAUGGCCAUUACAUGGCACCCCUGAAUGUGUUGAUCCUGAGGAUCUGGCUAUUCCACACCCUGUCCAGUCUUGGGUUUGGCUUGUGGAUCUGGAGAGAACAGUCGCCCUACUGGUGGGCCGAUGUCUUGGUGGAAUGUUGCAGGGUCCACUGACGUCAGCUGAGGAGCAGGACACAGCUCACUGGUUAAAAACGCCUCUCUUCAGCAAUGGCUUAGAAAUGGAUCACUCCCAGCUAGAUAAAUGCAUGAGCUCCCUGCUAGAAGUUGCACUGUCUGGAAAUGAAGAACAGAAGCCAUUUGAGUAUAGCCUUGGAGCAGAGAAUGUCAUGCUUGUUGAUCUGGCUUUGGGCUCUACCAAAGAACCUGUCAAUGCUCUGUGGCUCAAAAUGCAGGACUACGCUGUUAGUAAAGAUUGGGAUAGUGCUGCUGUUGGUAAUGAGACGUUGUUGGAUACAGCUUCAAGAUUUGUUCUAGCAACUCUUUUAAAGCACACUGGUUUACUAAAUCAAGUGUGUGGGGAGAGCAGAUACCAACCUAGUAAAACACUUGCAGAAAUAUAUCGUUGUGUUUACAAAGUCCGUAACAGAUUGCUAGCUUGUAAAAACAUGGAACUUAUCCAGACACAGUCACCUUCCAGUGAAAGGAGGUUGUUGGUGAAUAAAGAGACAACAGAUUCCGAUGUUCAGGAACAUUCUUUUACUCGUACAAUUGAUGAAGAAGCUGAAAUGGAAGAGCUAGCAGAUAGAGAUCGGGAGGACGAACAUCAGGAACAAGAGGAGGAGGAAGAAAGGGAGCAAGAGGUCAUGACUGCUGGAAAAAUCUUUCAAUGUUUCCUAUCAGCCCGUGAAGUUGCUCGUAGUCGCGACCGAGAGAGAAUGAGCAGCACACCUGGAAUUGGCAGUGGACCGGUUGUCCGUCUAGAUGAUCCACCUUCUCAGCUGCGAGAAGAGCGGCGAGUCAGCACUGGUCUCGUAGAAGGACAGGAUCAUUACACCGCAGCAUGCAACUCUGUUAUUCAUCGCUGUGCACUGUUAAUUCUAGGAGUCACCCCAGCCAUACAGGAGUUGCACCAAAAGGACGAAGGACUAAAAGGACAUUGUGUCUCAGGAGUAACUGAAGGACUUGGCUUUAUGACUAGGAGUGAAAGCUUGACAGCCGAAACCCAUUCUGUGCAAUCGAAUUCCACCUAUAGGCUAAUUAAAUCAAGAAGCGAAUCAGAUUUGUCUCAGCCUGACUCAGAUGAGGAAGGAUGUGCCUUUAAUUCCAGAAGAAAUGUGGAUAUGGAUUUAGCAUCAGUUCAACAAAAACGUGGACCUCCUUAUAGUACAGAUUCCUUGAGAGCCUCUUGGACAUGGCUGAAGUACAACAGAGAUUUAUCCUAUGAUACUUCCCACUUGUCUAAUACAUUAAAGUUUGAUCUGAACCAGUCAUUUGGAAUCCACACAUUCAUUGAUAAUGUCGUUAGUUUUGUGAGUGGAGGUGUGGGAACUUCCCCAGGUUUUAAAGAGCCUGAAGAAAACAUGUCUUCCAACCCUCAAGCUAUUAUCAUUGCAAUGGAACAGCAGCAGCUGAGGUCUGAGCUUCGACUGGCAGCACUUCAUCAAAUCCUCGUGUUGCUUUCAGGAAUGGAGGAGAAGGGCAGCCAUUUUGCAGGAAGCAGCUGCCCAGCAUCAUGGUUUCACUCCGCUUCAUUGCUCACUUCAGUCAGACUGCAGUUUCUAGCGGGAUGUUUUGGACUAGGCACAGUUGGAAAUGGGGAAAUCAAUGGUGAAAGUGUUCAGCUGCAUCACUAUCAGGAUGGGAUCAGGGCCGCGAGGAGAAGCAUUCAGAUGGACAUCCAGGCUGCAGUUCACAAGAUCUACCAACAGCUAUCUGCCAUCCUUGAGCGGGCUUUGCAGGCAAACAAACAUCACGUUGGAGCACAGCAACGCCUUUUGCUUGUCACAGUAUUUGCUCUUAGUGUACGUUACCACCCUGUUGAUGUCUCCUUGGCAAUCUCUAGUGGAUUAUUGAAUGUAUUGUCCCAGUUAUGUGGCACUGACACUAUGCUUGGACAGCCAUUGCAGUUGAUACAAAAGCCUGGUGUUUCACAGCUUAGCACAGCUUUGAAGGUUGCCAGUACCAGAUUGCUUCAGAUUCUAGCCAUUACCACUGGAACUUACGCAGACAAGCUAAGCCCUAAGGUGGUUCAGUCUUUAUUAGACCUGUUGUGCAGUCAGCUGAAGAAUCUACUCUCUCAGGUCGGAGUGCAACUUACACCCUUGCAUGGAAGUAGAGAAAACAAAUUACAUGAGACCAGCGAAACUGAAGAUACCAAAGAUUUUAAAGCAAUUCUUCGAAAACAGCAUACAGCAGAGCUGCAGCUUGGAGAUUUUCUUGUUUUCCUACGUAGAGUUGUUUCCUCAAAAGCUAUCCAAUCAAAAAUGGCCUCGCCUAAGUGGACUGAAGUGCUACUUAAUAUUGCUGCCCAGAAAUACUUCUCAGGUGUCCCACUGGCUGGGAACCUAAGAACGAGGCUACUGGCCCUUCAUGUUCUGGAAGCAGUGUUGCCUGCCUGUGAGUCGAGUGUGGAAGAUGAUCAGAUGAUACAGGUCGUGGAACACCUUUUCUUGCUCAUCUCGAAUUGCAUGUGGGAGGCCCCCCUUGCCCAGUCAAAACCUACAGUUCAAGUCAAAGAGAAGGAACAGGUGAAAUUACAGAAGCAGGGGGAAGUAGAAGAAGAAGAUGAAAAUCUUCCUAUCCAGGAGGUCUCCUUUGAUCCUGAGAAAACCCAGUGUUGUGUGGUAGAGAAUGGACAAGUUCUGACCCAUGGGAGUGGUGGGAAGGGCUAUGGUCUAGCAUCAACAGGGAUUGCUUCUGGAUGCUAUCAUUGGAAGUUUUAUAUAGUGAAAGAAAAUAGAGGUAAUGAAGGCACAUGUGUUGGAGUAUCUCGCUGGCCUGUGCACGAUUUCAACCAUCGGACUACCUCGGACAUGUGGCUGUACAGGGCUUACAGUGGUAACCUUUACCACAAUGGUGAACAGACACUGACCCUCUUCAGUUUUACUCAAGGAGACUAUGUAACAUGUGUCUUGGAUAUGGAGGCCAGGACAAUUUCCUUUGGGAAAAAUGGAGAGGAGCCGAAGUUAGCUUUUGAAGAUGUGGAUGCAGCAGAACUGUACCCCUGUGUCAUGUUUUACAGCAGUAAUCCUGGUGAAAAGGUUAAAAUAUGUGAAAUGCAAAUGCGUGGAACACCCAGGGAUUUACUGCCCGGUGAUCCUAUCUGUAGCCCAGUAGCUACUGUACUGGCAGAGGCCACCAUCCAGCUGAUCCGCAUUUUGCAUCGUACAGAUAAGUGGACUUACUGUAUAAAUAAAAAUAUGAUGGAGCGUUUACAGAAGGUCAAAUCAUGCAUUAAAGAGGUCAGCCAGAAACUGAAAAAGAGUCGCUCUGUGCAAAGCAGAGAGGAGCAUGAAGUGAAGGAAGAGAGCAAGGAUGACGAAAAAGCCAAGCAUAACAAGCAUGGCUUGGCUGAGCUUACAGAAAUCCAGCUGAGGACUCUGUGCACUGAGGUAUGGCCCGUGCUGGCAGUAAUUGGUGGCGUGGAUACCGGUCUUCGAGUUGGAGGCAGAUGCAUUCACAAGCAAACAGGAAGACAUGCUACUCUUUUAGGUGUAGUCAAGGAAGGGAGCACUUCAGCCAAGGUGCAGUGGGAUGAUGCUGAAAUAACAAUAAGCUUCCCAACUUCUUGGUCACCCAGUGACACGCCUCUCUACAACUUGGAACCCUGUGAUCCACUGCCUUUUGAUGUGUCGCGAUUCCGUGGGCUGACAGCUUCUCUGCUGCUGGAUCUCAUGUAUCUGACCGGCAUCCAUGAAGAUGGGGCCAAACAGAGUGCUAGAAGGCAUGAGAAAAAGCACAGGCACGAAUCUGAAGACAAAACAGAAUUGGAGCAGAAACCUGAGGCAGACGCUACUAAAGAAGCCAUUGAUCAGCGAGCAAUAACACAGACUUCUGAGGAAACUAAAGGUUUUAUGCAAUGCGGUGCUUCCAGUUCACGAUCAGAAAACGACAUAUCAACUUGCACUAUGGACUCUGUGCAUCUCAGUUUGGAUUCUCAUCAGCAUUUGCUAGAGGGAAAACGAAAGCUGCACGAGCACUUUCUCAGAAAUCAUGACUUGGUUCAGUCAGAAAUCCGAGCUGUUCAGUUAUCUUACCUCUACCUUGGUGCUAUGAAGACCCUUAGUGCUCUGUUAAGCUGCAGUAAGUAUGCAGAACUGCUGCUGAUCCCGAAAGUGUUAACUGAGAAUGGCCACAACUCGGACUGUGCUGGCUCACCGGUUCUUCAGGAUGACACGGAAAUGCGAUCUGCCCUCCAGUUUCUGAUGCGCCACAUGGUGAAGCGGGCUGUCAUGCGCUCGCCAAUUAAGAGAGCUCUGGGGCUGUCUGAUCUGGAGCGUGCGCAGGCCGUGAUUUAUAAACUGAUUGUGAACUCAUUGCUGGAUGACCACUGUGGUGGAAAAGCUAAACAAGAUGUCUCCCAGCAGCCUGAAGAGAUGGAUACAGCUGUACAAGCACAGACACCUGUUACUACCAGCCCCUCAGCUUCCAGUACCACUUCGUUCAUGAGCAGUUCUCUGGAAGACACCACCACUGCUACCACCCCUGUCACAGACACAGAAACUGUGCCUGCCUCAGAAUCACCGAGUGUAAUGCCACUUAGCCUUUUACGACAAAUGUUCUCCAGUUACCCAACUACCACAUUAUUGCCCACUCGUCGGGCACAAACUCCACCUGUGUCUUCCUUGCCAACCUCGCCUACAGAAGAGGUGGGUAGACGGCAAAGCCUCACUUCACCGGACUCACAGCCCACCCGACCGACAAACCGAACAGCUUCAUCUGAUCCUAGUAGCAGACUUUCAACUUCGCCACCACCGCCGCCCAUUGCUGUGCCUCUUCUGGAAAUGGGUUUUUCCCUCAGACAGAUUACAAAAGCCAUGGAAGCCACAGGUGCUAGAGGAGAAGCAGAUGCCCAAAACAUCACCGUGUUGGCCAUGUGGAUGAUAGAGCACCCAGGUACAGAAGAGGAUGAAGAGCCACAGUCAGCGGUACCCUCGGAUUCAUGCUAUGGGGCAACCGCUCCAGGCAGUGGUGAUAAGUCCAGAGACCAGGGCUACCUGCAGUCACCUGAAAUACCUGCUGCUGAUGCCACUGAAGUGGAAGAAGGCUUUAGUGAGGGCCCUGAUGGAUUGGAUCAAGAGGAGAAUGGAUCAUCCACCAGUGUACCUUCUUCCAGAAGCCGAUCAACUGUUACUAGGAGGCAAAAGUUUGAGCUGGCAGCGCGUACGCUGUUGGCACGUGCAGCAGGUCUGUACCGUUCAGUGCAGGCACAUCGAAAUCAAAGUCGGCGAGAGGGUGCAUCAGUACCACAAGACCCAGGUGCCCUUUAUGACUUCAGCCUCGACGAAGAGUUGGAAAUUGACCUGGAUGAUGAAGCAAUGGAAGCCAUGUUUGGUCAGGACUUUGCGAGUGAUAGUGAUAUAUUGGGAAUGUGGAUUCCAGAGGUAUUGGACUGGCCGACAUGGCAUGUGUGUGAGUCUGAUGAGAGAGAUGAACUGGUCAUCUGUGAACUCUGCGAUGCAAAUGUUACUCAGUUUAAUCAUCAUAUGAAGAAAAACCACCCGGGCUGUGGGCGGAGUGCCAACCGGCAGGGCUACCGAAGCAAUGGAUCCUAUGUUGACGGAUGGUUUGGUGGAGAGUGUGGCAGCGGAAAUCCGUACUACCUCUUGUGUAGCAGCUGCAGAGACAAGUACCUGGCUACGAAGAGCAAGACAAAGAUCCCAGUUUCAGAGAGAUACAAAGGCCAAGCACCUGAUCUGAUAGGCAAGCAGGACAGCAUUUAUGAAGAAGAUUGGGAUAUGUUGGACGUUGAUGAAGAUGAGAAGCUGACUGGAGAGGAAGAGUUUGAAUUAUUAGCUGGACCUCUUGGUCUGAGUGAACGUAGAAUUGUACCUGAGCCAGUCCAAUUUCCUGACAGUGAUCCAUUAGGUGCAUCUGUUGCCAUGGUAACAGCAGCCAACAGCAUGGAAGAAACUCUCAUACAAAUAGGUUGCCUUGGUUCAGUGGAUAAAUGUUCAUCAGGUCGAGUAACGCUUGGGGAACAAGCAGCUGCCUUGCUCAACCCACAUGACCGGGUCAUGGCCUUGAGGAGAGUGACUGCAGCUGCACAGGUUCUUCUCGCGAGGACAAUGGUGAUGCGAGCUCUUUCCCUGCUCUCGGUCAGCGGCUCUAGUUGCAGUCUGGCAGCAGGUCUGGAGUCCUUGGGACUGACUGAUAUCAAGACCCUGGUUCGAUUGAUGUGUUUGGCGGCUGCAGGUAGAGCAGGUCUCACUCCGGGUCCCGGUACCACCAGUAUUUCAGAGCGUCCCCGUGGAGCUCACAGCAAGAUCAACAAGCCAAUCUCCUGCCUGGCCUACUUGAGUACUGCAGUUGGCUGUUUGGCUUCCAACAGCCCAAGUGCCGCAAAGCUGCUUAUUCAGUUGUGCACGCAGAACUUGAUCUCUGCAGCAACGGGUAUGAAUCUCACAACCAUAGAUGAUCCCAUUCAAAGAAAGUUUCUGCCCAGUUUCCUUAGAGGCAUUGCUGAGGAAAAUAAGCUUGUGACUUCUCCAAACUUUGUGGUAACUCAAGCGCUAGUGGCAUUGCUGGCUGAUAAGGGCGCAAAACUGAGGCCGGCCUAUGACAAGGCUGAGAUGGAGAAAAGAGGUUUUAUUGCCCAUUUGUAUGCCCAUCCUUCCUAUGAUCCUUCUGCUGUAGGCCCUCUGGAACUGGCUAAUGCCUUAGCAGCUUGCUGCCUCUCCUCUAGGCUGUCUUCCCAGCACAGGCAGUGGGCUGCUCAGCAGCUCGUUCGGACUCUUGCAGCACACGAUCGUGACAACCAAAGCAAACCGCAGACUUUCGCUGACGUGUCAGGAGACCUACGUAAAUGUCCAUUCAUCAAGCUGGAAGCACAUCAGAACAGGGUAAUAACAUGUGAAUGGUGCAAUAAAAAGGGUCUCCUAGCAACAAGUGCCAAUGAUGGAACUGUUAGAGUUUGGAGUGUCACUAAAAAUCAUUAUACUUUACAGCAAACCUGCAUUUUCAAUAAAUCCGAAGCUACCUCGGAGGAUGUGGGCUGCCUGGGAUCUCCUUGUGAUCCAAAUUUGUCUCUUAUGUGCUGGAGCAUUAGCGGAAAAUACAUUGCAGCAGCUUUAGAAAAGGUGGUCAACAUCUGGCAAGUCACUGGAGGUAAAGGACUUCUGGAUGUGCAGCCACACUGGGUGUCUGCCCUCGCCUGGCCAGUCGAGGGUCCAGUAGCAAGCUGGGCAGGUGACACUUUAGAAGUUCUGCUUGUGGGGCGAAUGGAUGGAUCUCUAGGGCUCAUUGAGGUGGUGGAUUCCUCUACCAUGCACAGACUUGAACUCGAGCAUUGCUACAGGAAGGAUGUUGCUGUAAUGGCUAUUGCGUGGUAUAGUGAAGAUAAGCCAUUUGCGGUAGGAUAUGCAGAUGGAAAGAUGCUGAUUGGCACAAAAGAGCCUCUGGAGAAAGGAACGGUUGUUAUGAUUGAUGCACACAAGGAAAGUAUCACUUGUAUGAAGUGGGAUCCAUUAGGGCAGUUGCUUAUGAGCUGUGCCAAAGAAACCACCAUCAAAUUGUGGAGCUUUAUAGAUGGCAGCUGGCAUUGUCUACACAAGCUUUCUCAUCCAGCAUUGGUGAAUACUGUCGCCUGGUGCAGUCAUCUAGGAAAAGGAGUCGAAUUGCGGCUCAUGUUGGCCAGUGGGUGUCAGAAUGGCUUGGUGUGUGUCUGGACAGUUCCACAGGAUGCCUCCAAAAUAUCACAGUCCACUUCCAGCAGCUCUGAUGAAUGGUGGGAACAAGGAGCCACGAGCCAGAUAAAGAGUGGAUACAAGAAAGCCGAGGAGGCAAUAUGCAUCUUUCAGCUGAAGGGACACAUCACUCCAGUGAGAAGUGUUUGCUUUAACCCUGAUGGGCUGGUCUUGGUAUCAGGAGGACUUGGUGGGCUGAUGAACGUUUGGUCACUAAGGGAUGGCAGUGUAUUACAGAGUGUGGUGAUAGGAUCUGGUGCUAUUCAGAACAUAGCCUGGAUCCCUGAUAUUGGUGUUGCGUCAUGCUCCAGUAGAUCAAAGGAUGUGUUGGUGGUAAACUGCACCAAUGAGUGGAUCACUGGUAACCACAUUUUAGCCACAUGUAGAACUUCACUGAAAAAACAAGGAGUUAUUGGACUAAACAUGGCACCGUGCAUGAGGACCUUUCUGGAAAGGUUGCCAAUCAUGUUACAGGAGCAGUAUGCAUAUGAAAAGCCUCAUGUUAUUUGUGGAGACCAACUUGUGCAUAGUCCAUAUAUGCAGUGUUUAGCUUCAUUAGCAGUGGGCCUUCAACUAGAUCAACUCUUGUGUAAUCCACCAAUACCACCCCAUCAUUCUGGUUGUCCGCCUGACCCUUCCACCUGGAACUCCUCUGAAUGGUCCUGGUUGGAAUGUUUCUCCACCACAAUUAAGGCUGCGGAGGCCUUAGCAAGAGGAGCACCGUUACCAGAAUGCUUCACUGUUCCAGACCUAGAACCUGUACCAGCAGAGGAGCUGGCUCAUGUGAUGGACAAUAGUAAGUGGUUUGCUGGAAUGGAUGAGCAAAUCAUGUCCUGGGCAACAUCUAGACCAGAGGACUGGCACCUUGGUGGAAAGUGUGAUGUCUACCUUUGGGGAGCGGGGCGUCAUGGACAAUUAGCUGAAGCUGGAAGAAAUGUUAUGAUACCAACUGUUGCACCUUCGUUUUCACAAGCUCAACAGGUUAUUUGUGGGCAGAAUUGCACUUUCGUCAUCCAGGCUAAUGGGACAGUGAUGGCAUGUGGGGAAGGCAGCUAUGGUCGACUUGGACAGGGAAAUUCAGAUGAUCUUCAUGUGUUAACUGUCAUUUCAGCACUACAAGGUUUUGUGGUAACGCAGUUGGUGACUUCCUGUGGUUCCGAUGGCCACUCUAUGGCUUUGACAGAAAGUGGAGAAGUCUUCAGUUGGGGCGAUGGUGACUAUGGCAAGUUGGGCCAUGGAAACAGCGAUCGGCAGCGUCGACCACGACAGAUUGAGGCACUACAAGGAGAGGAAGUUGUCCAGAUGUCAUGUGGCUUCAAGCAUUCAGCAGUAGUUACAGCAGAUGGCAAGUUGUUCACCUUUGGAAAUGGCGACUAUGGCCGCUUGGGACUAGGUAACACAUCCAACAAAAAGUUGCCGGAGAGAGUAGCAGCUCUGGAGGGUUAUCAGGUUGGACAGGUUGCUUGCGGCUUAAAUCACACGUUAGCUGUCUCUGCUGAUAGCAUGAUGGUUUGGGCCUUUGGUGAUGGAGAUUAUGGAAAGCUUGGUCUAGGUAACUCAACAGCCAAGUCCUCUCCUCAGAAAGUAGAUGUUUUGUGUGGAGUCGGAAUCAAGAAGGUUGCUUGUGGCACACAGUUUUCAGUUGCCUUGGCAAAAGAUGGCCAUGUGUACACCUUCGGCCAAGACCGCCUGAUAGGCUUGCCUGAGGGUCGUGCCCGCAACCAUAAUAGACCUCAGCUGGUACCUGCUCUGAAUGGAGUUUUUAUUGAGGACAUAGUGGUGGGUGCUGAGCACACGCUGUGUCUUUCAUCAUCUGGAGAUGUUUAUGGAUGGGGCAGCAAUUCAGAAGGGCAGCUGGGUCUGGGACAUACCAAUCAUGUAAGAGAACCAACUCUGGUCACAGCACUCCAGGGAAAGAGUAUUCGGCAGAUUUCAGCGGGACGUUGCCACAGUGUGGCGUGGACAGCCCCUCCAGUACCACCAAGAGCACCAGGUGUAUCUGUGCCUCUGCAGUUAGGUUUGCCAGACUCUGUUCCGCCGCAAUUCAGUUCACUGAAGGAAAUCAGUAUUGAAACAAUCAGGGCCAGGCUCCGAUUGCUCUACCACUUCUCUGACCUUAUGUACUCGUCAUGGAGGUUGCUUAAUCUUAGUCCCAACAAUCAGAAUAGUACAUCGCACUAUAAUGCUGGAACAUGGGGAAUAGUCCAAGGUCAUCUGAGGCCUUUACUUGCACCAAGAGUUUAUACUCUUCCAAUGGUGCGUUCUAUAGGAAAGACAAUGGUCCAAGGCAAAAAUUAUGGACCCCAGAUCACUGUGAAAAGGAUAUCUACCAGAGGCCGGAAGUGUAAGCCUAUCUUUGUACAGAUUGCGAGACAAGUGGUUAAGCUCAAUGCUUCAGAUCUGCGAUUACCUUCCCGUGCUUGGAAGGUGAAACUGGUGGGAGAGGGUGCUGAUGAUGCUGGUGGAGUAUUUGACGAUACCAUCACAGAAAUAUGUCAGGAGCUUGAAAUGGGGAUCGUAGACCUGCUCAUUCCAACUCCGAAUGUCACGGCUGAAGUAGGCUAUAAUAGAGACAGGUUCCUUCUUAACCCUUCUGCUUGUUCGGAAGAGCAUCUGCUGCAAUUCAAGUUUCUAGGCAUUCUUAUGGGUGUUGCCAUUCGCACAAAGAAGCCGCUAGAUCUCCACUUAGCACCAAUGGUGUGGAAGCAGCUUUGCUGUAUUCCACUUUUGUUAGAAGAUCUAGAAGAGGUGGACUUGCUUUAUGUACAAACACUGAACAGCAUUCUUCACAUUGAAGAUAGUGGAAUUACUGAGGAGAAUUUCCAUGAGAUGAUACCUCUUGAUUCGUUUGUGGGGCAAAGUGCAGAUGGCAAAAUGGUGCCCAUAAUCCCAGGUGGGAACAGCAUCCCACUCACCUUUUCCAAUAGGAAAGAGUAUGUGGACAGGGCAGUCGACUAUCGGUUGCAUGAAAUCGAUCGUCAAGUGGCUGCUGUUCGAGAAGGGAUGUCUUGGAUCAUUCCAGUCCCACUGCUCUCUCUCCUCACUGCAAAACAGUUGGAGCAGAUGGUUUGUGGGCUUCCAGAAAUCUCUGUAGAAGUCCUGAAGAAAGUUGUGCGCUAUCGGGAGGUGGAUGAGCAGCAUCAAUUGGCACAGUGGUUCUGGAAGACAUUAGAGGAAUUCUCCAACGAAGAGAGAGUACUCUUCAUGCGCUUUGUGUCUGGCAGGUCCCGUUUGCCAGCGAACACAGCCGACAUCUCUCAGCGGUUUCAGAUUAUGAAAGUUGAUAGGCCUUAUGACAGUUUGCCUACCUCACAAACCUGCUUCUUCCAGCUGCGGCUCCCACCGUACUCCACCCAGGCGGUCAUGGCUGAGCGACUGCGCUAUGCUAUCAACAACUGCAGGUCCAUUGACAUGGACAAUUACAUGUUGUCACGCAAUGUAGACAACACAGAAGGCUCAGAUACAGACUAUUGAUUCUUUGAACAAAAAAACUGCUGCACUAGGGGGAAUGAUGAGCAAGUCUUCUGAUAUUGUACGUGUAAGUGACUACUGCAGUUAUAGUGAGAAGCCCAGAAUAUUUUAAUUGUAUAUGUACUUGAAGAAAAAUGAAUGUGAUUGACAAAUGUUAUUGUUUGAACUUUAAUUUCAACUAUAAACAAGUUGAAAAAGAAAAUGCAUUUCAACUGGUUUUGUUUCCUUUCUUUGUUCAAUUUUGAUAAGUCUGCAUGGAGAUAAUUUGGUGCAUUUUUGAGAAUGGUAGAAAAUAUCCCUCCCAGCGAAAGAGGGCUACAGAAUUAAAGUUUUACAAACUGUACAUUGUGUAUAAUUGUUCAUGAGGGAGAGCAAUUUUACAUAAAUAUUCUUCUAUUUAUUUUUGUUUUAAUUUGAAUUGCCUGUGCUGGGUUUCCUAUCAGAAAUACAUCAGAAGAAUAAAACAUUAAUUUAAAGCUG